GUCCAAACUGUGCUCCUGUUCCAUCCAAACAUCCCACGGUAACACAAUAAACCUCAUUAACCACCUUAAAAGCCACCACAAAGGACAAUAUCAGGAAUUUCAAAGGCUGAAGACACAAGCCACAACCACAAAAAAUCCCCGGCCAUCCACGACACAGACAACAAUAUCGGGGACAUUGUUCAAUGCAAUACCGUAUUCGCCUUGCUCGCAAAGGCACAAGGAAAUAACAGAGGCGAUUGCGUAUCAUUUAGCCAAGGAUAUGUGUCCAACAAGCACUGUGAGCAGUGAGGGUUUUAAAAAAAUUAUUGCCACACUUGACAAAAGAUAUAACAUCCCCUCACGCAACCAUUUUUUUAAAUGCCGACUGGAAAUAGAAAGAAAAAUUUGCAGAAUUGAAUAAUUUGCUGCCACAACCGACUUAUGGUCAAGUACAACAGCGGAACCAUAUCUGAGCUUGACUGUUCAUUUUAUUGACAGCGAGUUUGAGAUUUUGAGUUUUUCCCACAAGACCAUACAGCAGGGUGUAUUGCAGCGGGCCUCAAAGAAGCGAUCUCUGCAUGGAGUUUGCAGGAGGAACGACUCGUAUGCAUUACAACGGACAACACAGCUAAUAUGAUUAGGGCAGCAUCUGUGAAUAACUGGACGAGGCUACACUGCUUUGGUCAUAGACUGCAUUUAUCCAUCGGUAAGUUGUGUUAACAUUUUUUUCCUGAUAUAGUGAAACUAUUUGGCAAUUUUAAAAAUGCCUUUAGUAAUUUUUCUGAUAUUACAGUGACACCUAGAGUCAUAAAGUAUAACCAUCUUAUUUAUUUUGACAAAUAAUCAAAUUACAGAAGCUAAAGAAAAACAAGUUAUAUUUGACUGGUCAAAUACCAUUAAAUGUGAAUGUAUGUACAUGCAUGUGUGUAUGAGCAAUUUAAAAUAAGUCAGUGUUUACUAAUAAAUAGUUAAUAAUAGUCUUAUGUAUGUGUACUACAUAAUUAUGAAAAAAAACAAAGAUUUAUUUCUGAUUAAAAGUUCCACAAUAAACAAAAAGUCUUCUUAUGCCUUGGCUUGAUAAUUUUAUUCUGAUAAUGUUUUUCCUGUAGAGAAUGUCAUGAAGGAUCCAAGAAUUGACCGGCUGUGGCACUUUGCAAGAGGUUGGUGAGCACCUUCUCCUACAGCUGGAAGCGUAAGAGGGAGUUUUUAGCAGCACAAAAGGAGCUGAAGCUUCCCGAGCACUCACUGAAGACAGAGUGUACAACGAGGUGGGGAUCACGUCAGGCCAUGACAGAGAGAGUCAUCGAGCAGCAAAAGGCCAUUGCACAUAUCCUGUCUUCUGACAAGAAGUCUAGGCAUCUUAUCCCAACAUGGCAGGACAUGGGUGUGCUAGAGGCGAUCAACAAAUCCCUGCACCCUCUAGUUAAGUUUACAGAUGCACUGUCUGGUGAAAGGUACGUCAGUGUGUCAUUUGUAAAGCCAGUUAUUCAUCUUUUCAACUCGUCAAUCUUGAAAGUUAAGGAUGAUGAUACUGACCUGUCAAGAGCAAUAAAGUCUAAAAUCCUGGAGUACCUAAAUGAAAAAUACAGCGACCCACAUAUCCAGGCUCUGUUGGACAUGGCAUCUACUGUGGAUCCACGUUUUAAGAUGAGAUACACCACUGAAGACAACAAAACAUCAGUACAAGCUAGACUGAAAGCUGAGAUGCAGACUGUGGCAAUGAUGGUGCCACCCCCAGAACCAGCACAAGAAAACACAGAGGAUGCUGAAGCUGGAUGCGCUCCAAAGAAAAAGAUGAGUUUAGGAAGCUACUUUAAAACUACUGAACAAGCCUUGCCAACUAACAACCAGGAGCCCAGUGUAGCCUGUGUGCUGCAGUCUUUCUUACAGUCAUGCAACCUGGAUAGUGAGAGGGACCCACUAAAACGGUGGAAGGAAAAUGAAAAGGUCUAUCCAAGGCUUUCAAAAAGUGGCAAAGAAAUACUUGUGCACACCAGCCACAAGAUCUCCUUCAGAGAGGGCUUUUAGUACUGCCGGAAAUGUAGUUACUUGCUUGCGAUCUUCCCUUAAGCCAGAUCAAGUUGACAGGCUUUUGUUUUUAGCCAAAAAUCUGUAAGAUGUAUGCAUAAAUACGUACUUGUUGGCAUAUCAUAGGGCAGUAAAAAAAUUAAUAGUUUCCGUUUUUUCAUAUUUGCAGUUUUAUUAUCAUUUGAUUUUGUUAUUACCAUUUGAAAUUUGUUAUUACCAUUUCUAAUUUGAUUUUGUUAUUACCAUUUAAAAGAGGCAGUUUUAUUUUUAGAGUUAAAAAAAAAAACAUUGUCGGAAGCCUCAAUACAGUACUUCAUAGUAUUUAUCUUCUGUUUAUGUAUGGCUGUAAAGUGCAAUAAAAACAAAAGUUAUAAACUAAAAGAAUAAUCGUG